GGUGCCGGUAGGGGGCGGAGCGGGGCGGGCGCUUCCUGACGGCGGAAGCGGCGGCCGCGCCGGGCCCGGCUCCUUUAAGCGAGGCGUCCCGCCGCCCGCAGCGGAGAGACAUCAUGUCGGUGGCGGGGCUGAAGAAGCAGUUCUACAAGGCGAGCCAGCUGGUCAGUGAGAAGGUCGGAGGAGCUGAAGGGACCAAACUUGACGAUGACUUCAAGGAAAUGGAAAAGAAAGUGGACCUGACCAGCAAGGCAGUUACAGAAGUAUUGACCAGAACAAUAGAGUACCUCCAGCCGAACCCAGCUUCCAGAGCCAAGCUAACCAUGCUCAACACGAUGUCGAAGAUCCGUGGGCAGGUGAAGAACCCCGGCUACCCACAGUCGGAGGGGCUGCUGGGGGAGAGCAUGAUUCGAUAUGGCAAGGAGCUGGGCGAGGACUCCAACUUCGGCGAUGCGCUUCUUGAUGCUGGCGAAUCUAUGAAGCGGUUGGCUGAAGUGAAGGACUCGCUGGAUAUUGAAGUCAAACAAAAUUUUAUUGAUCCCCUCCAGAACCUGUGUGACAAAGACCUGAAAGAGAUCCAGCAUCAUCUCAAGAAGCUGGAAGGCAGACGCUUGGACUUUGACUACAAGAAGAAACGACAGGGCAAAAUCCCCGAUGAGGAACUUCGACAGGCCAUGGAGAAAUUUGAAGAAUCCAAGGAAGUUGCAGAGACCAGUAUGCACAACCUCCUAGAAACCGAUAUCGAGCAGGUGAGCCAGCUCUCAGCCUUGGUGGACGCCCAGCUGGACUACCACAGGCAGGCGGUGCAGAUCCUGGAUGAGCUUGCGGAAAAACUCAAGCGCAGGAUGAGAGAGGCGUCCUCACGUCCCAAGCGGGAAUACAAACCCAAACCCAGGGAGACGUAUGACUUGGGAGACACUGACCAGUCUAAUGGGGGCUUCGCUUGCAAUCCUACCCCCAAAAUCUCAGGUAAAGUGCCUCUGAAGUGCCUCUGGGGACGGAAGGGAACUUCUCUGCCUGGAAAUUAUAUUUGUGGUGUGCUGGAUGUGCCUGUACAAGCUGCUGGCUCUGAAAAAGUCAGAAAUGCCUCUAGACUUGAACUGUUUUCUCUUGAGGCUCAGCAGCCUUUGUUGUAUUGGCUUAGGGGAUGUCCCUGUGGGGCCUCCAGCCCAGGCCACUCGCCUCUAGUGCCCCAACAGUGCCAGCAGUGGCAGACAGGAAAAAUUAAGCACCUCUCUCACCCUCCCCUCCUUCCAUCAUGUUGCAUUUGUUCCUUCUUUGUCCUGACAAGGCAGGCAGGUUGCUAACACAGCAUGUGGGCUGCCCUGUUUCUCCUAACAGAUCCUCCCUUUGGGCCCUGCCUUUCCCUUUAUCCAGUUCACGUUGUUUUAAGCAUGUCUCUUUUUGUUUGGAAGCAGCUUCCUCCUCUUUCCGAUCCGACAAGCCGUCCCGGGCCUCCGUCAGGAGUAUCCGUGAGUUUCCUCCCUCUGCACUGCAUGAUGUGUGACCAUCUCUCCCCAUCCCUCCUCGUUCCUUCUUCUGUGACACUGCCGCUUGGAGCUGCUCAAUCCUCCAUGCUGAGCCUGGCCAGCAGAACAGCCCAGCUAAACUAAACCUCGAGCUAAUCCCCAAAUCAAAACAGCAGUGCUAGAUUGGUAUUUACCACCCCAAAACUGGGGCCUUUGCUCACUUGGAGGAGUUGUAGCAGCUAUCAUCACGCAGGCAUGUCCUACGUGAGGCCACAGGGACCAGAUGCUCUUCAACGAGGUAUCAGACAUCUCCAGGAUUACCCAUUCUGGUUAGAAACACCCCAGCUUGGAUCAAUCCCACUUUUGUUCAUGCUGUGCCCCGUACCCCAAUGCUGAAGGCUGGGGGAGUGGGUAGAGCUUUAGUGUGCCGAACUGGUUUUGUGGUCACAGCUGGAUAGUGAGGAGCUUUGUGAGCGUGGAGCCUGCAGGUCAGCAUUCCUGCUAAAGGGACCGAGAGGGGUCUUGUUGGGGUCCCAAGGCCAAGCUGGGUCUGUGGCUCAAAGCUAUUGCGGUGGGGAAAGCUCAUGGUGGUGCGGCAAUGGGGCAGGAGGACUUGAGGAUCCCGGCGGACGGGAAGUGCUGUGGUGGUGGGACCAGCCGGGCGUUUUGGUAAGCUGUCUCAAAACCAUGAAUACGCUUGGCUGCUGCUUAUGGUGUUUCUCAAGUUUAAUGCUUGAUCCUUUGUUGCUGUGGAUGUUCAGCAGACCAGAUGUGGUGGCUGCCGCUCAUACCGUACCCCUUGCACAGGUUGGAGGAGCUCUAGCACAGGAGGGAGGGGAACAGGGGCCCUGCAGAGCCCGUGGUCUGUAUUCCCUUGGUCCCUUUUCGGUAUCCUUACAGCCUGCCCAUCCCAAAAUGUUAGUGCAGAGACAGAGCAAGCAGCAGCUUCUCUCGUUAUUAAAAAAUCAUCCUCUUUGCAGUCAAAUCGCAGAGCUGAGAUGGGGGAAAAGACUUGGAGUUUCUACCCAUUUUUGGGGGGACCCUGCUAAAUGAUCUGAAGCCCUGUGCCUUGGGAGGCAGUUGCAGUCCUCUCCCUCCCAAUGCCCUCUAGCGCAGAGGGACCCCCGGCAUCCUCCUUUGCUGUCCACUGAUGUCCAACCCCAUCGUCAACUAACGGAUGAACUGCUCAGCACACUCCCUCAUCUCUGGAGGAGUAACAAAGCUUUUCACCACCUGUUUUCUAGUGCCGUGGUCAAUUUAGGUUGGAGUUUAGCUUAGCACGAAGGAAUUCCAGGUAGGAACUGGCAGCACAGGGUGCUGGAGGCAUGGAGAAGCUGGUAAAGGACAUGGUUACAGUAAGAAAGCAGAGGAACUAGUGAGCUAAAAACAAUGAGGAGUUUAAACUCAAUUAAAGUUCUACCAUCGUGGGUAAAGUGAAGGGCAGGCUUAGAAUCAUAGAAACAUAGAAUCAGAGAAUCAUAGAAUGGUUUGGGUUGGAAGGGACCUUAAAGAUCAUGUAGUUCCAACCCCCCUGCCAUGGGCAGGGACACCUCCCACUAGAUUAGGCUGCUCAAGACCCCAUCCAACCUGGCCUUGAACACCUCCAGGGAUCUCCCAGGCAGGGCUAUGCCAGGUUGUGAAAGCAGCUGUGCAAGAUGAUGAUCCCAUGCUGUAUCAGGAUCUGCCAUCUGGCAGCGCGAGUGGCUGGAAGCCCCAGCUCUGGUAGAGCUGGAGGGGCUUAGGGGAAGGGGGUGUGCAGGGGUCCUGCUCACCUCUGCCCCCCGCCCUCUCCCCGCAGCCCCCCUGGACCAGCCCUGCUGCAAGGCUCUCUAUGACUUCGAACCUGAAAACGACGGCGAGCUGGGCUUCAAGGAAGGCGACAUCAUCACCCUGACUAACCAGAUCGACGAAAACUGGUACGAGGGCAUGAUCAACGGCCAG